AUGCGUUUCUCAUUCACAACCAUCUCCCUGGCACUUUUGGCUCUCUCAUCUGCCUCACCAGUCCCCAACCCAAAAACCUCCACCAAAACCGCUGCCGCUGAUGUCGCCAAAGCGGCAUCAACCCAAGCAGCUACUGCCAAAGCAGCCAAAGGCGCAACCGCCGCGACUGCAGCGACUGCAGGAAGUGUCCUGACAUCCGCAGCCUACAACGACUUCCAAAUCAGCUCCGGAACGGCAGGGAAAGCAGAAGCAGAAGCCAACGCACUAUUUGCCGACAUCGACACCUCAAAUCUCGCCGCUGUCUCGGCGAGCGAUCUGAAGAUCAUCCAGGCGACCCACGAUGUUGCUGAGGAUGCCGAGGUGGAGGCUUUCAACCCUGCGGUCGACGCUGCAACUGGUGAUGCCGCUACCGCUCUCCAGAACGGCAAGAUAAAGAACAAGGUCCUCAAGCUCACUGCUACCGUCUUGGCCCUCCAGGUUAAGGGAGCACAGGGAGGUGAUGAUUCUAAGCUUGCGGCUGAACAGACCAAGCUGGCGAAGAACAUCCAGCUGGAUGUCGCUGCUGCGGGGGAACCUUCGACUGCUGUGCCAUUUACUGGUUCUACGUAG